AUGACCACCGCAAAUCUCGAAAAGCCUCUCGAAAUGAACUUGAACUACCAAAACAACAGAUUGGAAGCAGAACGUCGAGACUUGGAAAGUCACGGCAACAUGGUAGCUGCAAUGUUCACAAUACUGAUAGACAGAAAUGACCCGUACAAAUGGAACAUCCGGUUCCUUGGACCACUGGGCACACCAUACCAGGGAGGAAUCUUCAUUCUGCAAAUACAAAUGACGGAAGAUUAUCCACAAGGAGAUUUCACUGCAAAAUUUCUCACGCCGAUUUACCAUCCAUUGGUCAGUCCAGAAACAGGAGAACUACUCAUUCCUGAUGUUCCAAAUAGGGCGAAUGAAUUAAUUGACGUCUGCAAAGACAAAACCGCAUACGAGCGAGUAUUCAAGGAGAAUUGCGCGAACCACGAAUCAGAAAAUGACAUUUACAAUUUUAUCGCGGGAAUAACACAUGGAAACAUCUUGCUAGGAGCCGUAAUAGGAUACAAACACAAGAAAAGAUUGUGGACGACCACGACGCUGAUGAACGGAGCAUUCCUGGUAGUAACGCUGGCCUUACUAGGAAAGAUCCUUAGCGAAGAAGACAACGAUGAGACAACAGUCGACUACUCAAAAUACAAAUACGAAAUGACAUUGGGAGAAUCGGAUAUAGAAUUAUGCUGUGUCGCAGACACAAAAAGAUAUUCGAACAUGAGUUGUCGAAGAGAUGCGAAGUUAAUGGUGAUUUCCCUCGCGCUACUGGGAUUGUUCGUCUGCGGCAUCAAGGAAGUAAUGGAUGAACAUCCGCAGAAAACAGCGCCGUUUACUCGCGAAAGGGUUCGAGAAAAAUGCAAAAGAGUCAAGGACGGAGAUUUCGCAGAACAUCUGAACGAUCGAAAAUUGAAUGAGGAAGAACUUGAGAAGGAAAUUGCCAGGUUACCAGAGAAUGAAACGGAGACAACACGAAAGGAGCUAGAAAGCAUUUUGGAAGAGAUGAAGAAAUCAAUCAGACAGGACAUCAAAUGGUGCGAAUUUUGCCUACAGGAAGAUGCAAACUUCCAAAGAAUGUUCCAGCAGAAAUGCCGCCCGUACGAUCGCCUCGGCAGCUACACAACCAUCGAAGCGAUCCUCUCCGUCGCAAUACUCCUAGCAAUAACCCAAAAACGCGGAACAAAUGUGGCCUCGAUAGUAUUCUGGGGAGGCAUCGCCGCCAGCUUAGCUGCCUUUAUCAACACCAUAUCGAAAGCAGUCACUAUAGAAGGUGAAAUAAACAGAAUUUACACGAUAUACAACAAUUCACUUCCCAACGACGUCGAAAUGUAUGAAGGCAUGCCCAUUACCUGCGCCGAAGACAUAGUUUUGCUCGGCGCAAUGACAAUACUGAUGAUUGGAGUUUGCAACACUGCAUGCAUAGUCGCUUACACACUAGUCGGAAUUAUGGAUAUGAAAGAAUGGAAUCAACAACGAAAGAAGCUGAGACGAACAAUGAUGGAUAUAGAGCAAUACGAAAUGAGAGAAGAAGGCGGAACAGAAGAGCCUACCAACGAGAACAAUAACAGAGACGAAUGCGAAACGAUCGUGACCAUGAUGAAUGCAAACGCCGGAAAAGAAAACAUCGUCUUCGAAACGACAAUAUAA